UACAGCAGACAGUAUGGCGGAAUGCGAGAGUGAUUUGGAAACAGAAGGGCUUGAAUUAGCUCUGGACACAUUGUGUGGAAGACACUGCAGCAACCAGUUGUCUCUGAAGAGCAAAGACUAUUGCUCUGAGUUUUGUGAGUUGGUUGAGGAGUACACAGGGCAAUGGCAGGUUCCUCUCCCUCAGCUGAAGGUGCUGCGGACCGCACUCUGCAGCUUCACCAAAGCCACUGCUGCCUUCCCUGAGGACUGUCAGCACGUCCACUAUGUUCUCAGCAGUAUGGCCUUGAGCUUUUUUGAACUGAUGCUGUUUUUCAGCAAAGAAGAAUUUGUGGAAGAGCCUUUAAAAGACAUCCUUGACUGCUUUCAGCAGUGCCACUGUCAGCUCCUGAGGCACAGGAACAGCUACCUUCAGCAUGUAAAGCUCAUCAUCAAAGCCGGAGGCCCGUGGGAAAACCCAGUGCUGCAAGGAAUCCUGAAGGAGGCCCACUUUCCACCAAAACAGGUUGAGGACUACUUAAGCUCAGAGUUGGCAGUAUUCUUUGAGCUGCGGAUUCGCUACCUGCUGGCCUGUGAACGAAUGCAAGAGGCCAUGGCUCUGGCUAAAAGCUGCCUGGAAAAUUUCGAGGCUGGAAAGCAUCUGUACUUCCAUCAGGCCUACCUGACCUGCCUCUACAAGGCCUCACUGCACGAGCACCUUCACAAGGAGAUGGCGGAGAUAGAUGGCCGCGAUGCAGUGGAGAUCAUCUGCAACACAGAGAGCAUGGAGAAAGACGAGCUCCUGUUGUCGCUGUGUAAAGCUUUCCUUACCCAGCAGCUACACAAUGGAGACAUGUACUACAUCUGGGACCUGGUGUUCAUCUGGAGCAGGUUGCAUCUCCGGGCCCAUCCCUCCAGACAUGGCUUUCUGGCUGAGUGCUUGCAGUUAGCUUCUUCCGCUACUAACGUCAGAGCCAUCUUCCCCUUCAUCAAACUGGUCACAACAGAGCUGGGAGUGGAAAGCGUCCAGGUGUGUGUGGAGCUUUGUGCCAGGGCCCUGCGGCUGGCUGACAUGCAGGCUGACAGUGUGACCCGCUCUCUUGCUUGCAAGACCAUCGCCUUCCUGCUGCCUCACGACCUGGAGAUCUGUCGAGCGUGCGCCCUGCUGGUGUUCUGCCAGGAGCGCAGCCUGGAAGCUUACCGAACUGUCUGCCUGCUUUACAAUCAUCCCGACCAGGAGCCGCAUCCCCAAAACAGCCCGGUCCGGACCAGCGUGCGAUUCCAUAUUCUGCAGAUGCUCAAGGCGCGCCUGUGUUUCGACCCCGAGUUUUGGAACCUCCUGACCAUCAGGACUCAUUGCUUGGAGUUGAUAAGUGACAACGUCAUGAAGGCUGCUGUUCUCAGUGAGAUGAAGGAGGAAGAAGAGAAGGAAAACAGGGAAGAAGAGUUCAUAAAUAAGUGUAUAAACCAAUCAUGCAGUCCAGGUUUAAAUCCCUGUCGGUGCACUGAGGCCGCAGAGACUGCUGUUGUGAGCCGAGACCUCCCAGAGGUGCAGGCUGUGGCUGAAGAGACGGAAAAGUGUGUGGCCCCGUCAAAUAAUAAUCUUCUGAAGAGGAGAAAAUGGAGAAAAAAGAUGGGAAGGAAAAGCCGAUCGUUGUCUGACGAUGAACCCGAACGUGUAGAUGAUCCAGAGUUCAAAUACAAUCUCAAACUCACCUCUUUAGGCAAUAAACAGAUGUACUCACUAAGACGCAAUCACAUUAAAACGGAAAAUUCAGCUUCCGUAAAAGUCCCUCUGAAACCCAAGAGAGAGUAUCUUGCUCGGUGUGUGAAGAGCCAAAUUCUGAAAAGGAAGGGUCGGAAGAAGCGAUGGUUGCAGGGUCUCCCGAGGCUGGAGCAGGUGCAGACGGUUAAAAAGACCACGGUCAAAGUUAAGGAGAAGGUCAUAUACAAAGGGAAAAAGCGCGGACGGAAGCCCUUACAGAAAGUGGAACUCUCAUACCCUGAUAAUGAGAUAUCCCGUAGAGAGGAAGAGUCUGGUUUUGAGGAGAUAACUGACACAGAAGACAAAGAGCCGGGCAUGCCUCACCUGGAGAAUGAACUUGAUCAAACGAUCAAACAGGAAGAGAAUCGAUUUGAGCAGAUGGAUGAUCUCCAGAGGGAAAAUGGACUUGAGAAACUUCCAGACUCGGACUGUAAAAGCAUUCUCGAAGAACUAACCCAAAAGGAAUCUCACACACAGCUUUGUCUUUCUGUUGAACCUCAAGCUGCUGCUCCGGCUGUUGAAGCCGAUCCUGAGCUCGAUGGUCCUCCCUUAUACUUAAUAAAUUGUCCAAUAGAAGCGUUACACAGCUACUCUCUAAAAUCCAAAAAGCCUGAUGAGGAGAAACCCCCAGAAUCCUCGGCACCGGACGAGGUUAAUGGCAAUACAGAAGAGGAGCCGAAACCCAAGGAGGAAACGGACACUGAGGUGAAAUCCAAGAGGUCAUGGAAGGACCGAAUGCUGCGUACUCAACAAUAUGCCCACUUGAUGUACCACUGCAACUUUUGCCACAAGGACUAUAAAGGCUUGAAUGUCAUGAGGCAUGCUCUCUCGCACCUUAAGAGUAGGAAACUCAAAUGUAUACUCUGUGAAAAGGCCUUUAAACAACUCCCCUUUGCCAAAAAGCAUGUCAUGGACCACAUUGAUGAAAUGUCCAAACAGAAGAAGCGAUGUACUGAGGACGCUCCUGCUGCUAAUGGUGUAGCAGAUCAUGUGGACAAUCAGCAUCAGGAUAAAAACACAACUUCCAUUUCCAAUGAGGAAACUCCUGAACCCAAACCCGCGGGGAAAUGUAAAGUGUCAAGCCUCCAAAGGGAAGAUCGAAUCAUCAGGAACCUGCGCACCCUCAUCAAAAAGACAGCUGUGCUUCACAAGAAGUGCAAAAAACCUGACUCUAAUAUAUACAGGCAGGUCGACUUCAAGGACGAGCAGGUAGUCAUUCAAGAUGGCCUGGUGAUCGUGAAGGACCCCUCUGUGGUGGGGAGAGAGGGAGAGGAGGAGAAGCCAGCGGGGGAGAAUGGCUUCAGUGUGGACAUCACGUACCACCUGUGUCCCUCAGAGACCUGUGACAGAGUCUUCCUGAGGGUCAGCAGCACACUAACUAAGCACGCCAUCAAAUGCCAUAUCAGCGAAGAGAAGGUGCUGGAGAAGACCUUUGUGUGGGCCAAACACAAGUGCUCCAUAUGCCUCAGGCAGAUCCAGUUUGUGCAGCACUAUAAGGACCACAUGAAGCUCCACGACACCACGCUGCAGCACUUCUGCUACCAUCAGGACUGUGAGCAGCGCUUCCCUUCACAGCAGGAACUAAAGGACCACGUCAUCACCCAUAAGCCCUUCAGACCUCAAUGUCCAUUCUCAGACUGUGAGAAGCUGUUCUCAAGCAUUACAGGGCUCCAGGAGCACGAAUGGAGACACUACAUCCCAGCGCCUCAGAAAGAUGAGCUGGAGAUGGGACCCGGCCGGCAGAUGCAGCAAAGUGCUGAAGCCCCCUGGAAGCAGAGGGUGAAAGUAGAGGAGCUGUGGCUGCAGAGUAAAAAGGGGCAGAGGGAGGAGGCCUCUAAUGUCGAGGGCUCCAGAGAAAUUAAAACUGAAGGUCAGCACUUCCCAGACGGCUAUCAGCCGGAUAACUGCCCAGAGAAAACAGUCAGUCAUGAGCCUAUGUGCAACACUAAAUCCACCAUCAAUGGACAUGAGCAGGAGACGAGGAGGACGGAAGGAAAGACGUCCACUGGUUCUGGUGGAGCCACUCCAAAGAAGAGCCGUCGGAAAAGAGUGCCCGUCGAGGUGGACCCGUUGAACGUCAAAGAACUGGAGGACUUGACCACUUUGUCCGAGGGAGUCCAGCGGGCAAUAGGAGAGCCGCACAUUACCGAGCACAAAACGUUCAAACCAGAAGAGCCCGCAUACACCCCUUCCGUCAAAGCCCCCUUCAUCCGGCCGCCGCCCUCCACCUACCUGGAUGAAGCCCGGCUCUCCAUGCGCAAGAGGAGGGCCCCCGAAGAGGUCGCUCCGAAGAAGAACACCACCUACUGGCACAUUAAGAGAAAUAAGGAGGAGCAGCAGGUGGAGGAGGACGUGCAGAAGGUCAGGCAGCGCUGCGACAAAUGUCUCUCCUCUUUCAGCAGCGUGGAGGAACUCCAGAAACACCAAGCCCUCAACACCUGCUCCGCACUCUUUGGAUUCGACUCAGACGAUGAAAGUUAGUAAUGACUGAAGAGGAGCUGUAACCAUGGUGACCACUCUACUCUGCCACCGGGCUCAGGGCUAGCAUCAAGAUGGAGGAAGACUCUCAUAAUACUACAGUACUCAAAAGAAAGAGGAGAUUUGUGCCAAAAUAGCUAAUUUGGGGAUUUGUAUUUCUCUUCAACUGAUGAAACCUUUUCGAAGCAAUAUUUUGCAUAGUUAAAACUAUAUUUUAACACAUUCUUUUCAAAAUAUCAUAUAAGUAUAUAUAAAAAAAACUAAACCUGUGAUAAUUAUCAUGUUUUCCUCUUCAAACAAAUACUAUGUUGGUUACUGCAUUCGUUUAUUUCACCAACAGAAGGCCAAUAUUUGAAGGGUUGUCUUUGGCUUGUCCCGUUAACACUAUCAGGUGAAUGUCCAUGUCGCUCAUAUACUGGUUAGUGAGCCUGAAAAAAAAGAUUUAAACCACUUGUUCAGGUAGUUUUAAUUUAAAUAUAUUGUUUUACUCUCUUCACUAAGCCUUUAUUUGAUCAAGUGUGCUUUUGAUUUGAAUCCCUUUAAGACAAAAGGUUGCCGAAGUAAUUUACUCCAGGGACAACUAUGAUUUACUUUACACUGUAAUCUAUUUUGAAGGCAAAAAAGCAGGCAUUAAGAAUCUGGCUUUGAAUAUGUUUUCUCUUCCUGACUUGCUGGCAACACUUGAAAUCAUUUCAUUUAAUGGCUUCAGCUCUUGAUUUGAACCUUUCAUUAUGUAUUUACAUACAGUAUGUCAUGAGCAGUAUUUGCAACUCUCUGAACUAUUGCAUCAAACCACAUAAAUGGAUGGAAAGAUGAAAUGUGUUUCUUCAAUGACUGUCUUCCAAUCAUGCACUGGUUUGAGCUUUGGUAAAAAGUGUCACUAAUAAUGACUAACAGUAGAUAUGUGGUGGUUGUACAUCUAUACUGUUAAACAGUAUUUAUUUCUAAAUAAAUCCUCCAAAGUAACUUUUGAAACUAAGAGGUGGAUGUAGGAUUUCCCGGACUGGGUUUUCCUUUGUCAACAAGUCUUCUGAUUAUGGUCUGACAACAGGAGUGACUUGCAUAUUAAAAUGUCUGAAACCCUGUGAUCAUGCCUUUGUAAAGUCACACUAUUAUUCUGUACAAUACGCCACAUAUUUAUAACUUCAUUAGUGCCAAGAACAAAUCUGUUUUGCACUGUCGGUAGAUAUACAAUUUAAAAUCUCUGUUCACUUUGAAUUUAUUUUUUAAUUCAGUUUAACCCCAUGUUAUGUAUAUACUUUUGAGAUACUCAAAUAAGUUUGUAUGUGUAAUCUUUUUUUAUGGGACUGUGCACUUAAACCUGCUUAUUUAUAUGUACAAAUGUUAAUAUAUUAGAUUUGUAAAUGGAAGGACGAUUUCCCAUCUAUUUUUCAUCAAAAAAAAAAAAAAGGGAUUUCAUUUGUUUGAAUAA